AUGAGCUCCUACUUCGUCAACCCCCUGUUUUCCAAAUACAAAGGCGGCGAGUCCCUGGAACCGGCCUAUUACGACUGCCGGUUCCCUCAGAGCGUGGGCAGAAGCCAUGCGCUGGUGUACGGGCCCGGCGGCUCCGCGCCCGGCUUCCAGCAUGCCUCGCACCACGUCCAAGACUUCUUCCACCAUGGCACCUCCGGCAUCUCCAACUCGGGCUACCAGCAGAACCCGUGCUCGCUGAGCUGCCACGGAGACGCCUCCAAAUUCUAUGGCUACGAGGCGCUCCCCAGACAGUCCCUUUAUGGGGCUCAGCAAGAGGCGAGCGUGGUGCAAUAUCCCGACUGUAAAUCCUCCGCCAACACUAACAGUAGCGAAGGACAAGGCCACUUAAAUCAGAACUCGUCUCCCAGCCUCAUGUUUCCAUGGAUGAGACCCCACGCUCCUGGGCGGCGCAGCGGUCGACAAACUUACAGCCGGUAUCAGACCUUGGAACUAGAGAAGGAGUUUCUCUUUAAUCCUUAUUUGACCAGAAAGCGCCGGAUUGAAGUCUCUCACGCCCUGGGACUGACAGAACGACAAGUGAAGAUUUGGUUCCAGAAUCGAAGGAUGAAGUGGAAAAAGGAGAACAACAAGGAUAAAUUGCCUGGGGCCCGAGAUGAGGAGAAGGUGGAAGAAGAAGGGAAUGAGGAAGAGGAGAAAGAGGAGGAGGAAAAGGAAGAAAAUAAGGACUAACGAAAAAAGAGAGAAAAUCAGUCCCCCCCCCCAGCAACUCCCUUGAAGUUUCGUUUUAUGGUAGCAGAUAAAUUGAGAAGUUUACGACUGUCAUUUGCUUUUAUAGAGAAUAGAAUGACACUCACAACUCUAACUACCUGUCAGAUAGUUGCAGCUCUGCUUUUAUUACCUUUGGACUUCCCCCACUCUUUAUUUGUCUGGGGGUUAGGAGGGGGAACCUGAGACACAGGGAAAAGUUCUGCUCCACUCCAUGCCCAGCACACACUCACUUGUCCCCUUGUCCCUGCCUCCACCUUUCUGAGCCCUUCCCGAUAAAGUCUAACCCUUCACACACAUACACACAAACACAUACACACACACACACACACACACACACACCUCUACACUCCCUCUUCACAUGCUUCUCUGGUAUUUAUUUUAAAAGGGAUUCCCCCUUAAGAUGUAGAAGAUGAUUCCUGGUUUUGCUUGUAUGCUAGGAAUUAGAAUACUGGAUUAACUUUUUUUUUAAUGAAAAGAAAGAA